AUGUCGUGCGGGUCUAGACAGUCCUGUGCAGGCUGCUCCUGCGAUGGCAACGGGAAACAGGUCCCGGCCGAUAUUGAAGACUGCCAAGCAGAGCUCCAGGCUCUACGAGAAAAGACCAAGCAGCUGGAGAGCAAAUUAGCAUCAUUGACUGGUGCUGCUGCUUCGAAACGCUCCGCUAGCCAGUCGAGCCCCCUGCGAUCAUCUAGAUGGUUCAAUAACGAGAGUAAUCCUGGCAUGACGGCUUUGUAUGUCGAACGAUAUCUCAAUUAUGGCUUGACACGCGAGGAGCUGAUGUCCGGAAAGCCGGUCAUUGGGAUCGCCCAGACUGGUUCUGACCUGUCUCCAUGCAAUCGCCAUCAUCUGGAGUUGGCAAAGCGUGUGCGGGAGGGAAUCCGGUCAGCGGGCGGAAUCGCCUUCGAAUUCCCAACACAUCCGAUACAGGAGAGCGGCAAGAGACCGACCGCAUGUCUUGAUAGGAAUCUAGCAUACUUGAGUCUUGUCGAGGUCCUCUAUGGAUAUCCCCUGGAUGGUGUUGUGCUCCUUACAGGGUGCGAUAAGACCACACCAGCAUGUUUGAUGGCUGCGGCUACGGUGAAUAUACCAGCAAUAUGUCUUAAUGUCGGUCCAAUGCUGAAUGGAUAUCAUAAAAACGAAUUGGUAGGCUCUGGGUCGAUAGUUUGGAAAGCUCGAGAACUCUACGCUGCGGGCGAAAUCGACAAGGAGGAGUUCAUGGAUCUGGUAUCGAGAGGCGCUCCGUCCGUUGGUCAUUGUAAUACAAUGGGCACAGCGAUGACUAUGAACUCUCUUGCAGAGGCACUCGGAAUGGCGCUUCCAGGCUCUGCUGCCAUUCCCGCUCCGUACCGAGAGCGAGGUCAUUGUGCUUAUGAGACUGGCCUACAGAUCGUCGAGAUGGUCCGUGAGGACCGGAAACCUAGCGAUAUCAUGACACGGGAGGCAUUUGAAAAUGCAAUUGUUGUAAAUACCGCCAUUGGUGGCAGUACGAAUGCCCCAAUCCACAUUAACGCCAUCGCUAAGCACGUCGGCGUCGAAGUCACCCUGGAGGACUGGGACAAGAUCGGGUUCGACAUCCCUCUUCUUGUCAACCUGCUACCAGCUGGAGAACGGCUUGGUGAGGAGUAUUUCCGAGCAGGUGGUGUUCCGGCCGUCAUGGCUGAGCUUUUAGAUGCUGGAAAGCUAAACCCUGAUGUUCUUACCUGCAAUGGACGGUCCAUGAGGGAAAACGUUCGAGGACAGAAUUCCUGGGAUCGAGAUACCAUCAGACCGUAUACUGAACCUGUGAUGGAACAUGCUGGUUUUGUGCAUCUGAAAGGUAGCCUAUUCGAUUCCGCCAUUAUGAAGACGUGCGUUAUAUCACCUCAAUUUCGACAGAGAUUCUUAGAGAACCCGCAGGAUCCAAAUGCAUUCGAAGGUGCAGUCGUUGUCUUUGACGGCCCAGAGGACUAUCAUCGGCGGAUAGAGGACAAUGCAACCCCCGUUGACGAUUGCACCAUUCUCAUCAUGCGCGGAACUGGUCCACUUGGCUAUCCUGGCGCUGCUGAGGUAGUCAACAUGCAUCCUCCUGGCCGCUUGUUGCGGCAAGGAGUGCAUUCACUGCCAUGCAUUGGAGAUGGGCGGCAAUCUGGAACUUCAGGGUCACCCUCCAUUUUGAACGCUAGCCCUGAAGCCGCGGCUGGUGGUAACCUCGCCGUGCUGCGCGAUGGUGACAGGGUUAGAGUCGACCUCAGCAGACGUCGAGUAGAUAUUCUCAUCAGCCAAGACGAGCUCCAGAAACGAAGAGACGAUUUGAGAGCGAAAGGGGGUUAUCCAACACCUGAGAGCCAGACGCCUUGGCAGGAGCUCUUCAGGAAGGAAACCGACCAGCUGUCCGAGGGAAUGGUCUUGAGGGAAGCAGUCAAGUACCAACGUGUGGCGCAGAGAUGGCCAGAACCUCGGGAUAACCACUAG